CAACCUAGUCAAAAUAAAAAUUUCCUACGUACGUACUUAGACAGCUAGAUGCAACGGGAGAGGCAAUAUGUUUGAUAUGUACCAUCAAAUCAAUGUCAUUUUCUUUGAACUAUUAAAAAAAACCAGCUUAAGAAUAACCUGCCGGCCUUGUUAGAAAGAUGGUGUGUAGUUGAAUUUUCAUCAUAGCAGUAAAGAAUAUUGAGAAGAGAGGCUGAAGAAGAAACCAAUUAACCAUGGGAAAGCACUCCUCCGCCAUCCGCCGAGUGUUGAUCAUAUCUUCUUUCAUUGUGCUGUCUCCAAUCGUCUUGUUGAUCAUCGUUGAAGCCACCGGGAACCACCACGAGUGGAAGUGGAAUAUUCCUGCGGGACAGGGGGAAUGCAGAGGCACGAUUGGGGAGUGCAUGGGCGCAGCCGGCGAUCAAGGAGAGUUCGACAUGGACUUGGAGAGCAACAGGCGCAUAUUAACGACUACCAAGUACAUCAGCUACGGUGUGCUGGAGAUGGAUUUCGUGCCGUGCUCGAUUAAGGGUACGUCCUAUUACAACUGCCUACUCAGGGGCCAGGCUAACCCAUACACUCGCGGUUGCAGUGCCAUUACCAAAUGCCGGAGCUAA